AUGGACGUUAUGCAUCGGGAUAGCGGGUUCGAUCUCGAACAGGCCCGCCGCGGAGCAGAGCAGGAGCACAGCUUAAGCCUGGUCCAGGGAUUCAGGACGUAUAGGAAAGCCGUGGGGUGGUCGAUGCUAUUUUCGCUUGCGAUUGUUAUGGAAGGGUACGACACCACCCUGAUCCAGUCAUUCUUUGCCUUCCCCGAAUUCACGAGAAAGUACGGUGCGCCAGUGUAUCGCGCCGACCUCGAUGGCGUGGAUCGGUAUGAACUCUCUGCAGCCUGGCAGUCCGGUCUCAGCAACGGUGCAUACGUCGGUGAAAUAUUCGGGCUGUUCAUCACUGGUCUUGUCUCGGAGCGGAUGUCGUAUAGACGGAUUAUGGGAGCGGCGACGCUGGCCCUGGCGGCGGUUAUCUUCAUUUUGUUCUUCGCGCCGGACCUGCCGACGUUGCUUGCUGGGGAGAUCUUGUGCGGCGUACCCUGGGGUGUGUUCCAGACGGUGACGACGGCCUAUGCGGCCGAAGUAUGCCCUGUUGCCCUCAGGGGGUAUCUCACUACGUAUGUGAACCUGUGCUGGGUGAUAGGCCAGUUGAUUGCCACGGGGGUGCUAAGAGCCUGUCUGCAUCUCGAGGGCGAGUGGAGCUAUCGCAUCCCCUUUGCGUUGCAAUGGGUAUGGCUCCCCUUCAUCCUGGUCUCUGUAUGGUUUGGCCCUGAAUCGCCGUGGUGGUUAGUGCGGCGAGGGCGAAACGACGAGGCCAGACAAGUGCUCGCUCGUCUGUAUAGAGCCACUACCCCAGUCGACGAGAAGGAAGCAGAUGUCGCCCUCGAAAAUACCCUCGCACUCAUGCUCUACACCUGCGAAAUGGAAAAAGUCUCGUUGUCUUCGUCCACGUCCUUCCUCGACUGCUUCCGCUCCAAAUCCAACCGCCGCCGUACAGAAAUCACCUGUAUCGCAUGGGCCAUCCAAGCCCUCUGCGGCUCCUCCUUCAUGGGGUACUCGACAUACUUCUACCAACAAGCCGGCCUGGAUGUAUCACAGUCCUUCAACAUGUCAUUAGGCCAAUACGCGUUCGGCGUCGUAGGCACAAUCCUCUCGUGGAUAAUGAUGAGCCGGUUCGGGCGUCGCUCGCUAUACGUGGGCGGGUUAUUCGCAUUGGCUCUGAUUCUCUUCUCUGUGGGGUUUGCGUCGCUCUCAAAUUCAACGGCUACAGGGUGGGCAAUUGGGAGUCUUUUGCUUGUGUUUACGUUCGUGUAUGACUGCACCAUCGGGCCCGUGUGCUAUUCUAUUGUUGCGGAGAUGCCGUCAACGCAGCUGCGUGCACGGACGAUUGUGCUGGCGCGGAAUGUCUAUAAUAUGUUUAUGAUUGUCAAUGGGGUGAUUGUACCAAGGAUGCUGAAUCCCACGGCUUGGGACUGGAGAGGGAGGACGGGCUUUUUCUGGGCUGGUAUUACGCUUGUGCUGUUUGUUUGGACGUAUUUCAGGCUGCCCGAGUCCAAGGGGAGGACGUUCGCAGAGAUGGAUAUCUUGUUUGAGAAAGGAAUUGCGGCUAGGAAGUUCAAGGGUACGGUGGUUAGUAUUGGCCAGGACUAG